GAGAUAGUUGGCAACAGUGAUCCAAUCACGCAACAAAAGUUACGUCAUUCAUACAAAUUCUAAUUUCAAUUUUCCGAUAGGGCGCUAGGUACUUACCUAGAUUUCUAAAUACUACUUUGAUUUUUAACAUUUAUUCAAAAUGAGCGCCUGGAGGCAAUUUGGCCUUACUUACAUAAACUACUCAAAUAUUGCUGCUAAGGUUUUGCGUAAAUCUUUAAAACAAGAACUGCGGAAUGAGGCACUGCGCCGUGAUGAAUCUUUCAUCCGUAUAACUCCUUGGGUCAAUGGCAAGCCAGCUCAUGAAAAGCAGUAAUGGGAAUAAUCUAUUUACAACAAGCAGCGGCUAAGGCAUAAUCAGGGGUAUCAAUUGAAAUGUGGAAGUUCAAGAAUCAAUAAUUUAUUUUAGAGCUUUAAUUUAAUAAAAACUGUGAAAAAAAAUAA